UGCGCUCCGCCCGCCGGGCAUGGAGUAGUGGCGCACCUCGGGGCGCGGGGACAGACGUGCGCACAGACGGCGGCGACUCCGGCGGCUCCAGCGAGCCCAGCUCCCGGCGCGUGUCGGAGUCUCCCAGCCCCGCGGCCCAGAGCGCACGAUGCGCGGACCCGGGCGCCCCCUCCUCCUGGGGCUGCUGCUGGUGCUGGGGGCGGCGGGGCGCGGCCGGGGGGGCGCGGAGCCCCGGGAGCCGGCGGACGGACAGGCGCUGCUGCGGCUGGUGGUGGAGCUCGUCCAGGAGCUGCGGAAGCACCACUCGGCGGAGCACAAGGGCCUGCAGCUCCUCGGGCGGGACUGCGCCCUGGGCCGCGCGGAGGCGGCGGGGCUGGGGCCUUCGCCGGAGCAGCGAGUGGAAAUUGUUCCUCGAGAUCUGAGGAUGAAGGACAAGUUUCUAAAACACCUUACAGGCCCUCUUUAUUUUAGUCCAAAGUGCAGCAAACACUUCCAUAGACUUUAUCACAACACCAGAGACUGCACCAUUCCUGCAUACUAUAAAAGAUGCGCCAGGCUUCUUACCCGGCUGGCUGUCAGUCCAGUGUGCAUGGAGGAUAAGCAGUGAGCAGACCGCACAGGAGCAGCACACCAGGAGCCAUGAGAAGUGCCUUGGAAACCAACAGGGAAACAGAACUAUCUUUAUACACAUCCCCUCAUGGACAAGAGAUUUAUUUUUGCAGACAGACUCUUCCAUAAGUCCUUUGAGUUUUGUAUGUUGUUGACAGUUUGCAGAUAUAUAUUCGAUAAAUCAGUGUACUUGACAGUGUUAUCUGUCACUUAUUUAAAAAAAAACACAAAAGGAAUGCUCCACAUUUGACGUGUAGUGCUAUAAAACACAGAAUAUUUCAUUGUCUUCAUUAGGUGAAAUCGCAAAAAAUAUUUCUUUAGAAACGUAAGCAGAAUCUUAAAGUAUAUUUUCAUAUAACAUAAUUUGAUAUUCUGUAUUACUUUCACUGUUAAAUUCUCAGAGUAUUAUUUGGAACGGCAUGAAAAAUUAAAAUUUCGGUCAUGUUUUAGAGACAGUGGAGUGUAAAUCUGUGGCUAAUUCUGUUGGUCGUUUGUAUAAUAAAUGUAAAAUAGUAUUCCAGCUAUUGUGCAAUAUGUAAAUAGUGUAAAUAAACACAAGUAAUAAAUGAAGUGUUUGUUAUAAUGAA